AAACAAUAAAAUACUUUAAAUUGAGGCAAAUCCAUGAAGUAACAGAUGUUUUAUGUGAAGACAUAAAAGUGAGCCCGGAUCGAGGGAGAAGUGUGCGAGCCCUUGGUCAAAGAAAAGUUGUGAGUGGGACUCAAUGAGGUAGAGCUGGUCAGUUCCAGGAUUUCUCUAAAGGGGAGUCUAGUCAGUCAGAGGUUUUUCACUGGCUUCGGUGAUCACCCAGGACUGUCACGGCAGCCAAGAAAGGUUUUCCAUUAGAUAAUGAGUUAUGAAAUAUGUCUCACACUGGAAAAACCAGUCAUUUGCUGAUGUCAUUCUGAUGCCGACCAAUCCCAAACAAAGCCCCAGCCCUCCUCUGCUUGACUGGUACCAAUGUGUGACUGUACAAAUAAGAAGUACAGUAUAAAACUUCUCAGUGCCAACUCCAUGAAGAGGAACCCGGACAGCUCUUGCCACAAGAUACCGAGAGCCUGCUGGUGAAACAGAGAGGACCCAAAAGAGCAUUUGCUGAAGAGGAGAAGGGGGGGAAAAAGCAACAAAAGCAACAACAACAACAACAACAACAACAAAAAAAAAAAGGAGAGAGAGAAAGGAAAAAAAAAACAACCCUGUGCGUGCGGGGGGGCAGGAAAACCAGGGCCUUUUCAAAGGACAAUCACAACAACUUUCGCUGCCAACAUGCCCCUGCUUUGGCUGAGAGGAGUUUUGUUGGCGACUUGCUGGAUUAUAGUGAGGAGUUCUCCCACCCCAGGAUCUGAGGGGCACGGGGCCGCCCCUGACUGCCCGUCCUGUGCGCUGGCCACCCUCCCAAAGGAUGUACCCAACCCUCAGCCGGAGAUGGUGGAGGCCGUCAAGAAGCACAUUUUGAACAUGCUGCACUUGAAGAAGAGACCCGAAGUCACGCAGCCGGUACCCAAGGCGGCGCUUCUCAAUGCCAUCAGGAAGCUUCAUGUGGGCAAAGUAGGGGAGAACGGGUACGUGGAGAUAGAGGAUGACAUCGGAAGGAGGGCAGAAAUGAAUGAACUCAUGGAGCAGACCUCGGAGAUCAUCACGUUCGCGGAAUCAGGCACAGCCAGGAAGACGCUGCACUUUGAGAUUUCCAAAGAAGGCAGUGACCUGUCCGUGGUGGAGCGUGCGGAGAUGUGGCUCUUCCUGAAAGUCCCCAAGGCCAACAGGACCAGGACCAAAGUCACCAUCCGUCUCUUUCAACAGCAGAAGCACCCGCAGGGCAGCUCGGACGCGGGGGAGGAGGCCGAGGAAGUGGGCUUCGCGGGGGAGAGGAGCGAAGCGUUGAUGUCGGAGAAGGCGGUGGAUGCGCGCAAGAGCACGUGGCACAUCUUCCCCGUCUCCAGCAGCAUCCAGCGGUUGCUGGACCAGGGCCGGAGCUCCCUGGACAUUCGGAUUGCCUGCGAGCAAUGCCACGAGACGGGCGCCAGCCUGGUGCUCCUGGGCAAGAAGAAGAAGAAAGACGAGGAGGGGGAGGGGAGGAGGCGGGACGGAGAAGGCGGGGACGAGGAGAAGGAGCAGUCCCACAGACCUUUCCUCAUGCUGCAGGCCCGCCAGUCUGAAGACCACCCUCACCGGCGCCGGCGGCGGGGCCUGGAGUGUGACGGCAAGGUCAACAUCUGCUGUAAGAAACAGUUCUUUGUCAGUUUCAAGGACAUCGGCUGGAAUGACUGGAUCAUCGCGCCCUCCGGCUACCACGCCAACUACUGCGAGGGGGAGUGCCCCAGCCACAUAGCGGGCACGUCGGGGUCCUCGCUCUCCUUCCACUCGACCGUCAUCAACCACUACCGCAUGCGCGGUCACAGCCCCUUCGCCAACCUCAAGUCGUGCUGUGUGCCCACCAAGCUGAGACCCAUGUCCAUGCUGUACUAUGACGAUGGGCAGAACAUUAUCAAGAAGGACAUCCAGAACAUGAUAGUGGAGGAGUGCGGGUGCUCGUAGGGCGCCCCGCCCCGGGGCUGGGGUGGGGGUGGGGGUGGGGGGGGGACGGGAGCAAGACGGUCCGGAGCAGACAGUGGCAACGCCAAGACGUGUUUAAGGUUUCUGACUUAAACAACCAGAAAAAUAGAAAUUUAAAAAAACAAAAAAACAAAAAACAGAAAACAAAAAAAACCUAAAAGCAAAACCUGAAACAGAUGAAGGAUGAUGCGGAAAAAUUCCUUAGCCAGGGCUCAGAGAUGAAGCAGUGAAGGAGAUGGGAAUUGGGGUGUGUGGGGAGGGGGAGGUGCGGAGGGAGAAUGGGGUACCCUUCACUCGUUCCUCCAGCAUCCAAGUGGUGACCACAGUUGCUCGAACGGGAAUAUUAGGGAACACUGUCCUCUCCUUUUCAGUUCCCUUUCAGUGUGAGCCUUGAAGUCAGCUGGUCGAGUCUGCAGUCAUGUGGGCUGGCACAACCCAAGUAGCAUCUAGAAAGCCAUGAGUUUGAAAGGGCCAGUUAUAGGCACUUUCCCACCCAGUAACCCAGGUCAUAAAGUAUGUCUGUGUGACCCUCUCUCUGUGUACAUCAACCCAUGCGCACACAUGAAGACACACACACACACACUACACACACACACACGUGGACGCACACAGACAUACACACCACCCAGCCACACAUACACACACAAGGACACGCACCAGAUACACACACAGAGGCAUUUCCACAGACACACACACGUGCACACACAUUCUGGUAAAAGAACUCUAGUGUGCAGGUGGUCACACCUUCUUUCUGCACCAUUUCUGCAACAAAACAAAACCAACAUUAAAAAAAAAAAUUGAGAACAAGAAUGGGAAGAUUGAAAGAUCAAGGGAAAAAGAAUCCCCAGUUACAUUUCGUUAAGGUGCUUAUGAUCUUAGAACUAUGCAACCUAAUAGGUUUGAAACUGUUUACCUGAGAGAGAAAAAAAGAGACACUUUUUUUGUAUUGGAAGUAACCUGAAUUAAUUUUUAUUUUCUUCAAGGAGAGAUACUUGAAAGGAAUAUGUUUGUCCAUCUGUUGGAUCCAAACAUUUCUAUAUUUUGUAAAUGUUGUUUUUUUUUUUUAUCGUUUACUAUUUGCACUACAAUGGUGUUUGACCUGUCUAAUCCUUAUUUAACUAGUAUUUUCUUUGGGUGGGGGGUGGGAGGGGGGUUAAGAGCUGCACUUAAUGUGAGCUAUAAAAAAAAAACUGCUACAGCACACAAAAUAGCUAUUUUUAUUAUUAUAAUUAUAAUUAUUAUUAUUAUUUUGUACCUUAAAAAAAAUAGACACAUACACCAAAGACAUUUGUGUGAGCCUUUAAACAGUCUGUCUGUGAUUGGUUAUCAUUCACCAUCAGUGAGUCAGGGGUUGGGAUUCAAGGUUGCGGAGGGUAGAUUGGGUUCAGGCUUAAAAGACCUGAGAGGUUUGGUUUGUGACUCCUUUUACGUUCAUGAAACAGGACAUUUCAUACUGGAUGGACAGUCGUACACUGUUGGGUAUCAAGUUCAACGGGAUUCAUGGGGCGCUCCAUGCUUGUAUGUGUAUAUAUACAGUGCUUUGUACACAUGCAUGUCUGUGUGUAUGUAUACGUGUGUCGCAUCGUGUCCAUACACAGUUUAAGCACUUCAGACUGUCAUUUUUUUAAUGUUCUUAAAAGCAAUGAAUGUUUGUGUGCAAAAACACAGUAUUUUUAAGAAGGAUAGGCUCUAGUUUUCGCUUUUACUCUGAACUAGGUGGGCACAUUUCAGAAAUUUGGAUGGGAAAAAAGCCUGGAUUUUCCAGUGACUGUUCAGCAAGACCCUCUUUCGUUGUACAGGGAUCGAAUUCCCUCCUCUUUUUUGUCCUUCAUCCCCAUCCUACAAGUUACUCCCUGCAGGGAAAACAAAACAGGAAACUCAUGUUCAUCAUGGCUCUAGGCUGAUUUUAUUUUAUUUUUUUUUUAUUGGAUGAUGUAUUUAUUAUCUAUUGGAAUCAAUCUUAAAUGAGAAGCUUUUUCAGAAAAAAGAAAUGGAAUCUUUAGGCCAGAAUAAAAGAGAUGGGUGCAUUUUUAAAAUUUGUUUCUUUUUAUGAUUAAGGUUUGGUUGUGAGAAAUAUUACCUGCACGGCUGGGCUAAGUCAUGUUGUUGUCACUAGUUAAAAGAUAAAUAAUUUGGGAGAAGGUGUUAAGAGGCGGGGUAAGGAAGAAAACAGGAAACUGGGAUAGGGCAGGAGUAAAAAUCCCUAAUAUUUUAAUUUGCCGCCAAAACUCUUGAUUUGUAAGUUGGUUAUGUAUUGAUUCAGUUGCAAAAAGGAAAAAAAAAAUAACUUUGUUUUAUAAAUAUCAAAGUACGUGCUUAAAGCUAAAUUUUUACUAACUUAUUCUACAGUAUUUAGCUUGGCUAGAACAGGUAAUAAGUUACCCAUUAUGGCUUUUUAAAACACAGAGCCCUAUUUGUUUGAAGUUUGCCAAAGUUGGAAAAAAAAAAUUGUCCAGUGGGGAAAACUUACAUUCAUCAGUAUUUUGUAAAAUAUUGAAGCUUUUAGCCCUUUGACAGUCAGUUCAUAGAUUUUUUUUAAAUUAAUAGUAGAAAGAUAAAUAUCAAUGAGAAAUCAAAUAUUACAAAUGGUGGUUUAGUUCUUGAGAAAUAGAUCGAAUCAUGAUGCUCUAGUGCUAUGCUGUCUGCAGGCAGAUCACUUUAAUGUCUUUACCUGGCCGAUACUGAAUACAUGCUGGAGGUCCACCCUUUGUUAUUGCGGGAAAUCCCACCCUGAUGCAUGAGAGAGAAUUCUCAUUAAGUGUGAGAGGGAGAGCAAGCGUCAUUGGUACUUAACUUCCUAGCUCUUAACCAGUGACCAGGAAGUCACGCAGCGGGGAAAGGUGGACAUGGCCAGGAAAGUUUUAAGGAGAGGAGACGAUGGUGAGGUUCAAACUUUGCCAAUGUUCAUGAAAAACUUUGAGGACCUCUUGAACUGCCUCUCAUUUGGCGCCGGAACUAACAGAACUUAAUGAAAAUAGCAUGGGAAACCAAGUCCUGGUUGACAGUGUGGUAGCAGAGAUGGCCAAGGCAGUGGACACAGUGAGAGGAGGCUGAAAAAACAGCUGACCCUCCGUAUGUGGCUCUCAUUCAUCUCAAAGGUGUCUGCCAUCCACGACGGCCUUUAAAUCCUUGACGUAUUGAGGGUAAGAUGGGGUCUGAUGAGUGGCCAUGGUAAUGAGAAGCAGAGCUAAAUGAAAUUCCACAUGACAGUAUUUUAAUGGGAUGAUUUCAUUUAACUUACACAUCCCCACACUUGAACCAAAAUAUGUCAUUAAAUGUAUACGGCUUUGAAAUAGAAUUAUUAACUGCUACUAUCUUUAAUAAUCUUGGAGGUUACACUGCCUUGUGAAAAGCCACACUUUUCAUGGAGUAGCGUGAGGUCAAAAGAAACAGCUUUUAAAGUCUAUCCACUUUGGGUCUUCAUUGUCUGUGUUCCUCAGAUAAGUGUGGCUCCAUCUGACCUUUGCAUCUCUCUUUCUGUAGGGCUAAUCUCUAGGCUGUUAAAAAUCUUCCCACACUAAUCUUCAAAGCUCUGAAAAGCAUGAGUCCCCAAAUAUUUUUUAAGAAUAAUAACUCUUUCAUAGAUUGGAUUGACAUUUCUUUUCUGUUUCUUUUUUUUUUUCCAAAAAGUAAGAUGAAUGCUGAGUUGGGAUUUUCGUGUCCCUGAAGACCAACCCAUUUCAUGUUUAUUUAAGAUUGAUUCCACACUCCGAUUUUAAGGAGAGUGCCCGCAUUCUCCUCUUACAGCAAGUGAAUUUCUUUUUUCACCCUAGCGGGAUUGGACCUCAAGGUGACUCUAAAAAACAGAGAACGAAAUGCUCCAGUUGUAUUAAGCUUAGAUUCAAAUUAUCAUGUUCACUUGAAAAAAUGAUUUCCUGUGGGCCUUUUGGCAACUUCCCUUUUUAAUAUAGAGAAAAACUUAGUCACCCUGAAAACCUACACAAUAAAUGGAACUUGUGGAUGUGGGCAGAAGGUUUGGGGGUGGACAUCGUAAGUGUUUAAAUUAAACCCUUUAUCACUGAGAAGUUGUUGUAUGGGUCAGAGAAAAUGAAUGCUUAGAAGCUGUUCACAUCUUCAAGAGCAGAAGCAAGCCACGUGUCUCAGCUAUAUUAUUAUUUAUUUUUUACGCGUUAAGUGAAUCAUUUCUUCUGUAUUAAUUUCCAGUUGGUUUUACCCUCUAUUUAAAUGCUUUGAGAAACAGUGCAUUGACAAUGGGUUGAUAUUUUUCUUUAAAAGAAAAAUAUAAUUAUGAAAGCCAAGAUAAUCUGAAGCCUGUUUUGUUUGAAAACUUUUUAUGUUCUGUGGUUGAUGUUGUUUGUUUGUUUGUUUGAUUUUGAUUUUGAUUUUGAUUUUUUUUUUUUGGCAUCCUACAUGCAGUUCUUUAACCAAUGUCUGUUUGGCUAAUGUAAUUAAAGUUGUUAAUUUAUAUGAGUGCAUUUCAACUAUGUCAAUGGUUUCUUAAUAUUUAUUGUGUAGAAGUACUGGUAAUUUUUUUUAUUUACAAUAUGUUGAAAGAGAUAACAGUUUGAUAUGUUUUCAUGUGUUUAUAGCAGAAGUUAUUUAUUUCUAUGGCAUUCCAGCGGAUAUUUUGGUGUUUUUGAGGCAUGCAGUCAAAUAUUUUGUACAGUUAGUGGACAGUAUUCAGCAACGCCUGAUAGCUUCUUUGGCCUUAUGUUAAAUAAAAAGACCUGUUUGGGAUUUAUUAUUUUUA